AUGGAUGUGGGGAUCCCCCCGAUGGCAUCUAACCCCAGACUUUUGGACUUCACAACCAUGGCACGUCCGAAGGUCCAUCCAGCAAAUCGGCUGCGAGCUAGUACUGCAUGUACUGCCUGUCGUGCAUCAAAAAAGCGCUGCAGUGGUUAUUUCCCAUGCACCAACUGUAUCCACAAGGGACGCGGUCGCUUAUGUACACCGUUCAAGUCCUUGACAGAUGCAUCCACCCACAGCCGUCCACUACCCGUGUCUCGACCCGCAGAAGAAACACCUCAGACAUGGAGUGGGCAAGCGGUCGGCUUACAUAGCCCCUCGAGAUCGCAUUGCGAUGAUAUAGCCACCCCCAACUGCGAGUUCGAGACAUUGCAAGCCGGAUCCCAUUCUCCUGAGGCGACGCAUCGGACGCAUCCGCGGAUGCUCCGUAACCUACAAGGAGAAAAGGUGUACGUUGGGAAAGCUGCUUCUCUAUCUUUUCUGCAGUUACUUCGGGACACAGUAAUGCAACAUAUUGGGCCCUCACAAUUCUCCCAUAAUGUGAGGAAUGAGGAUAUGCUCGAGACCGAAGCUCACCAUGAUUUGUUGAAUUUCUCCGAAGAGCGGUGUACUGCUGACGAGAAAGACCGUUUCAUACGGCAUUAUGACGCAGUGACAAGAGGCUUCCUCAACCUUGGCUGUGGUGAUGACACUUUGUCUGCGUCGACGAGUCCGACAGAGCCCGAAUCCGACCGGGAAAAGACGAAAGCAGCCAUUAUAGAUCUCACGGUUGCCAUUGGAGCACAGUCAUGCCCGAAUGACCCUCAAACCGUUCAAAUAGAGCAGUUCUACUUUGCUCGUGGCCGAUGCCGCGCAUUUGCAAACAUGCUGGAAGAUCCCAGCCUGGAUUUAGUGCGUGUUUUCCUACUCAUGUCGUUCUAUAUGCUGGGGGCAUGCCGUCGAAACACGGCGUUCAUGUAUUUGGGUGUAGCGUCACGAGCAGCAGUGGCGCUCGGGCUUCAAGCAGACUCUCUAGGCCCAAUGGGCCGCGAGGAGGGGAAUGAGGCCUGUGAACGAUCACAAGUAUGGAUGAGCCUAUGUGUUCUUGAUCUACUUGUCAGUUCAAUCCUCGGUCGACCUUCCAGUAUAUCACCCCUGUUGCCCGAUAAGCGACGGGAACCUAGGUGGACAGGGAUCACGCCGCCCGAUUCUGGAUUGGUAGCCUCAUACCAUCUAUCAUUGAUACUAGAUGAGAUAAUGAGUCGUCUUUAUACCGAAAAGGCCGCUUCUACAGAAGAGGCAGAGUCACUGUUACGCAAGCUCAACGGGUGGAGCGAGUCUCUUCCUCAAUCGCUGAGAAGGUCGUCCUUGGGACUGGACGAUCAAGGCGUCGCCCAGAGCCGCACAAUCGAGAGUAUGCACGUUGCAUGCUCAUAUCACUAUGCAGUCAUUCUAGUCACGCGGCCCUUCCUUAUCUCGGCCUUGAGCGUCCGGCUUGCCCGGUUGCAUCAGAGUCUCUCGACCAACGAACCUACCGAGAUGCCCGAAGAGGACCCAGCACACUCUCGCCUUGCAGCGGCAUGCAUAGAUUCUGCUGUCUACAUGCUACAAACAUGCAUGGAAGUUCAUCAGUCUGGGCUGCUUCUUCGGAAUAUGUGUAUACUUAUAGCGUUCAUCUUUGCCGCUGCUCUUGUCCUAGGGUUCUCCAUGUUCUCCCAUCGUGAUCUGGAUCCCGAGACCGAUGAAGCAUACCGCGGGGCCCUUACCAUCUUGCGUGUGCUAUCGUUGCGGUCUGCCCAGGCAGCGCACUAUCUAGAAAUUACUACAAUGCUUGAAGCUGCCAUAGUACAGCAGCGCCGACGACUGUCCGCUCAAGUCCGCCAGCAACGAAAUAAAUAUGUCAGUCGCAUUUUCAGCUUGAGCGACAGCCCUGUAACACCGCCGAGGCAGACCGGCGAAGACGAGCAAGCAAGCACUGCGACGCCACUUCUCACACAGAGUAUCCCAUCCUACUCUUGGUUACAAUCCGAUGACGGCACCGCUGCUGUUACUCCUCCCAUGGUUGAUGGGACUUUAUUUGACUGGGAGGGUAUGGAUCUGCCGUUAUGGGAUAGCUUCCCAUUUCUUAUAGAGUCGAGUACAAUGUGA